AUAACCGAAGGCCGGGUGCCGCAGCGUUCAUCUUCCGGGUCGACACACAGUUCUCCUGAGCUGCAGCAGCGAGCCGGGACCGUCUGCAAAGGAGGAGUGCUGCCUGUCCUGUUGAGCUCCUCCCGGUGUGUGUGUGUGCACCAUGGCGAGCCUCCUUCGUGUUGUGGCGGCCAACUGCUCUGCCCCCGUGUUCAGUGGGGUUUCUUGCGUGAAGCUGCAGGCUGGCCGUACAAUCCAAUCAUCAUGCCUUCGCUUUUUCAGGACCCAUCAAGCUCUUGGACGAUGCGUCAGUCCAGGUAUUCCAUACAAGCAACUCACAGUUGGUGUCCCCAAAGAGAUCUUCCUGGAUGAACGUCGUGUGGCGCUGUCUCCCGCUGGCGUCCAGGCGCUCAUCAAGCAGGGCUUCAAUGUAGUUGUGGAGUCCGGAGCUGGAGAGUUUUCCAAAUUUGGUGACGAACAGUACACCCAGGCUGGAGCAACAAUUAAAGACAUUAAAGAUGUUCUGGCGUCUGAUGUGGUGGUUAAGGUCCGUGCUCCUGUUUUCAACCCUGCCUUGGACAUCCAUGAGGUGGAAAUGAUGAAGGAAGCAGCCACGUUGAUCAGCUUCAUCUACCCGGCUCAGAACCCUGAGCUGAUGGAAAUGCUCUCCCAGAAGAAAGCCACCGUCCUGGCUAUGGACCAGGUUCCACGAGUCACCAUCGCCCAGGGUUUUGAUGCCCUGAGCUCCAUGGCAAACAUUGCAGGGUACAAGUCUGUGGUGCUGGCAGCUAACAGCUUCGGUCGCUUUUUCACUGGACAAAUUACAGCAGCCGGGAAAGUGCCGCCUGCAAAGGUGCUGAUCAUCGGAGGUGGUGUGGCUGGAUUGGCGGCUGCUGGCACUGCCAGAGCCAUGGGCGCCAUCGUCAGAGGAUUUGAUACCAGAGCUGAAGCUUUGGAGCAGUUUAAAUCUCUGGGUGCUGAGCCGCUGGAGGUGGAUUUCAAGGAGUCAGGAGAGGGCCAGGGAGGCUACGCCAAAGUAAUGUCUAAAGAGUUCAUUGAGGCCGAGAUGAAGCUGUUUGCCAAACAGUGUCGGGACGUGGACAUUCUCAUCAGCACAGCUCUUAUCCCUGGUAGGCGGGCUCCCAUCCUGAUCACCAAGCCAAUGGUAGAGAGCAUGAAGGACGGGUCAGUGGUGGUGGACUUGGCUGCUGAGGCUGGAGGAAACAUUGAGACCACAGUACCUGGAGAGCUGUCGGUAUACCAGGGAGUGACGCAUAUCGGCUUCACAGACCUCCCCAGCCGUUUGCCGACACAGUCCAGCACGCUGUACUCCAACAACAUCACUAAGCUGGUGCGGGCCAUCAGCCCCGGCACGGAGAACUUCAACCUGGAUGUCAAGGAGGCGUUUGACUAUGGGACCAUGGAUCACGUUGUCAGGGGAUCUGUUGUCAUGCAGAAUGGAAAGAACCUGUUCCCCGCUCCCCAGCCCAACAACGUGCCCGUUGCAGCUCCUCCUAAACCCAAGUCUAAAAAGGAGCUGGCGGCAGAGAAGGCCAAACUGAUCACCCCCUUCAGGGCUACACUCACCACGGCUGGCAUGUACACUGGAGGUUUUGCCACCCUGCUGGGUCUGGGUCUGUCGGCUCCAAACGCUGCCUUCACGCAGAUUGUCACUACCUUUGGCCUAGCCGGCCUCGUGGGAUACCACACGGUUUGGGGAGUGACUCCCGCUCUGCACUCUCCACUCAUGUCGGUCACCAACGCCAUCUCAGGUCUGACGGCUGUGGGUGGUCUGUCCCUGAUGGGAGGUGGCUACACCCCAACAACUUCUGCUCAGUCACUGGCCGUGCUCGCUGCCUUCAUCUCCUCGGUCAACAUUGCUGGUGGUUUCCUGGUGACUAAGAAGAUGUUGGACAUGUUCAAGCGUCCCACCGAUCCUCCCGAGCACAGAUACCUCUACCUGCUUCCUGGUGGCGUCUUCAUCGGAGGCUACGCUGCUGCACUGAAUGCUGGUUAUAACAUUGAACAGAUGAUGUACUUGGGCUCGGGUCUGUGCUGCGUCGGUGCUUUGGCUGGUCUUUCCAACCAGAAAACAGCCCGUCUCGGUAACACCCUGGGUAUGAUGGGAGUUGCCGGGGGGGUCAUUGCCACUCUGGGUGCUCUCAAACCGAGUCCCGAACUCCUGGCACAAAUGAGCGCAGCCAUGGCUGUAGGUGGCACUGCUGGCCUGGCCAUCGCUAAGAGGAUCCAGAUCACUGACCUGCCCCAGCUGGUGGCUGCCUUCCACAGCUUGGUGGGACUGGCUGCUGUGCUCACCUGUGUGGCCGAGUACAUGAUCGAAUACCCUCACUUCGCCACUGAUCCUGCAGCCAACCUCACCAAGAUAGUCGCAUACCUCGGCACCUACAUCGGUGGAAUCACUUUCAGUGGCUCUUUGGUGGCGUACGGGAAAUUGCAAGGCGUGCUGAGCAGUUCUCCCCUGAUGCUUCCUGGUCGCCAUGCUCUGAACGCCAGUCUUAUGGCAGCUUGUGUCGGUGGGAUGAUUCCCUACAUGAUGGAUCCCAGCUACACCACAGGCCUCACCUGUCUCGGAUCUGUCUCUGCUCUCUCAGCUGUCAUGGGUGUAACCUUGACAUCAGCUAUUGGAGGUGCUGACAUGCCCGUGGUGAUCACGGUGCUGAACAGUUACUCAGGCUGGGCCCUGUGUGCUGAGGGCUUCCUGCUCAAUAACAACCUGCUGACCAUCGUCGGAGCUCUCAUCGGUUCAUCUGGAGCCAUCCUGUCGUACAUCAUGUGUGUGGCCAUGAAUCGUUCCCUGGCUAAUGUUAUCCUUGGGGGCUAUGGCACGUCCUCCACGGGCACAGGAAAGCCCAUGGAGAUCACAGGCACACACACCGAGGUUAACGUGGAUCAGACAGUCGAGAUGAUUAAAGACGCCCACAACAUAAUCAUCACUCCAGGUUAUGGACUCUGUGCUGCAAAGGCCCAGUAUCCCAUCGCUGAGUUGGUGAAGAUGCUCCAAGAGGCUGGCAAGAAAGUCAGGUUUGGAAUUCACCCGGUGGCUGGACGUAUGCCUGGUCAGCUCAACGUGCUGUUGGCUGAAGCUGGUGUCCCAUAUGACAUUGUUCUGGAAAUGGAGGAGAUUAACGAGGACUUCGCCGACACUGACCUGGUCCUGGUGAUUGGUGCAAACGAUACAGUCAACUCAGCUGCACAGGAAGAUCCCAACUCAAUCAUCGCUGGUAUGCCUGUGCUGGAGGUCUGGAAGUCUAAGCAGGUGGUCGUGAUGAAACGCUCCCUGGGUGUGGGAUAUGCAGCUGUCGACAACCCCAUCUUCUACAAGCCCAACACUGCGAUGUUGCUAGGCGACGCCAAGAAGACUUGCGACGCCCUGCAAGCCAAGGUCCGCGAGACCCAGGACCAGUGAGGCGGCUCCGCCCCCCCACUGAGACCUCCACAAAGAGCACACAUGGAACGAGGAAGGAAUACGACAACGAGUUAUUCAGCAUUAAGAUCAUCUUUGUCUGACUGUGACUCCAUCAGGUCAGCAAAGAUGAUCAUUAAGUUAAAUAUAAGAUUGGUCAACCCUUCCUAUGAUCUGUAAAUAUAAGAAGCAACAGUUUAUUGUAAAAGAAAAUGCAUGUGCAGAAGGAGCCAGGCAAUGCAGAUACUGUAGAUUUCUGAUUAGAGCUCCCCUUGUGGUAAUGUACUUGAAUCCAGAUCUUUCUCUUUAUCGCUUCUUUUAUUUCCAGAUAUCAAAGGAAGGGUUGGUCAACAACGUCCAUGUGUGAUCUCACAAACACCUCCGUGGAGUGUCGUCUUACAUAGAUCUAAAACAACAAUCAGAAAUGUAGAUGCAUUAAGAUGUUAGAUAUGUUACAGUUCACUGUUAAGAUAUUUUGUAGGAAAUCGUUAAAAGGAAAUUUGAGAUGAAUUGAAAGACGUGAAGGUGAACCACCCCAGACAGAGGAAUGAGAGAACUUAACGUUUAACAUGUCCCCACACUGUAAAACGUCUUUGCCUUUUUCCCCCCGAGUUUGUUUUUGUUGAAGUAAAGUAGUUAAUUAUUUCUCCAAUAGAUCGAUUUGCUCACAUGCGUAUGUCAGACACGGUGUGUUCUCCUCUCAGCACCUUCUUUCUCUCGACAAGUGGAAGAAAAAAAGCAUAAUAGUGCAACAUUUUUGUAAAGUUCUUUCGGUUCCAGUUUUAUACUGCAUUGGGAGAUUUUUGUAUUGGAACUUAAAGUCAUCGUAAACCUAGAAAAAUGUCUAUGCGAUCAAGUUUUAGGAGCCAUAGCGAGUUGUAGAAAUACAGUCGUGCUAUUUGCUUUUUUCCUUUUCACUUGAGUGUGUCUUGUGGCCCUUGCCUCUAAACAGUCACAUGGAUCCAAAACUUCCAAAAUCCAUUCAAACUUCGUCUAUCCAGCUUUUAAACGCAAUAAACCAAAACAGAUCUACGUUUGAGACGGUAGCUGUCCUGUAAUACGUAUUCCUACACACACGCUGACGUAGCUCUGAUAGCUGAAUGGAUUGUAUGUUUUGGAAUCCUGUGUCCCCUUCAUCCCGUGUGAUUUCAGAUGGUACAGUACACGUGAUGCUCUGUCGGCCUUUGCGGUAAAGAAGGUUUUUUUUCUUUUUAAGGUGAAUGAGGCUAAUCCACUCCGAUAUUUUUGCUCUCGAUGGAAAUGAAGGGUUUGUAAAGUAGGGCCAGAUGUUAAAAAUGACUGUCGCGUGAAGUCUAGAACGAGUCUAAAACAACAACCAUGCACAUUUUUAAAAGCGAAACAUGAAUUAUGCGAGUAUGUCUACACUUAGGUUGUCAUUUCAUCAUUCUCUUUCCCACAUUUGCCAUAAACAUAAACUUGUGCCAAUCCUCCCCCCUUUUACUCUCAAUCUGAAGAGAUUCUACGGCACAAUUGUAAAAGGUUUGGCUGCUAAAUAACCACUUGAGUAGAAAGACUCCUCACUCUACACCUGUCCUGACACAGCUCAACUAGAACUAAAAACCCAUGGAGUUUAAUUUCUGGCUCAGGUUGAACUGCUGCCAUCCUUUUUGUUGUCUUUGCCUUUUCUGGGUUUAAAUGGUCACGAUGCAUUAAAUGAAUUGGUGAGAAUUUAUCCUGGUUCACGAUUUGAGGAAGAAGAGCCCAUGUAAGAAGUACUGUACUGUAAGAAGUUAGUUAUCUUGGGACCUGAUACGUUGACCAUGACAACUAUCCUACCUCUCCGUAAAACGACCAAUAGCAUUACACAGGACCUUCCAAUCAGACCAAUCAGCUUUUCCUAAAUCUGCAACAGGAUGUGUAACGGACCAGUCGCCUUCCAUCCACUCACCUUGUGUCCUGAACCUGACCAACUGCCUUCUGUUUUGUGCUCACAUUUUUAACCACCAGACCUCAGUUUGCUGUUUGUUGUGCUAGUGUAGAGCUGCAGAUGUCAUUAGUGCUCAUGUAGGUUUAUUACUUUAACAUGUCGAGUAACACAAACAACCGCAGUCAUAAGGAACUAUUCGACUGAGGAGUUGGCUUAAUAUUUGUAGCUUGUCGCCAUUUUUGAGUGAUUGAUCAAAUUGAGACGGAUAGAAAAUCUUGAUACUUUUGCCCUAAACGCCCCAUGUGCCCUUAUCGUGUUUCUUCUGAAGGAGAGUAUUUUUGUAAAGAGGCCUCGUAUUUGUGCAGAGCAACAAAGGGUUUUUGAAGUUGUGCGAUGUUUCCGUGCACCAUGUUAAGGAGAUAAAAAGAUGAAAUGUACUGUAAAUGUGUUUUCACCCCUCCUUUCUUUUUCAUGGAACAUUUUCAUUCCUAAUAAAACUGUAUUUACACUAAA